AUGAAAGAUGAUAAUGCCCCAAUCACUGCCUAUGGUAUAAGACCCGGCAGUGUUGUCGCGUUGGUCGGUGGCGAUUCCGUUCCCCCUCGGUCUCCAUACACACACGCACCUGCCCCUGCCCCUACAACCACAGCACAUCCACCAGCUCCCGCACCGGCUCCGGCUUCAAAUCAUUCACCUGUGAAUUCCAGUAUGCCUCCUCCACCAGCACCCACUCAGCCAAUAACACCGAGCGAGUCUCCGGCACCAGUCAACAGCCAGGAGGCUGCCACUAUUACAAAAUUCAGUCAGAGUGGAAUUCAUGUAGUCCGUUCCAAACUUCUUCCAGAAGUUCAGUCUUUCUUGCAGGUUUUGGCGGCUCCUCGUCAGGAGAGGCCAUCGCCCGAGGAACUCAAACAGAAUCACAAGAAAUUUGUUCUAAAUCUCGCUGGGCCAAGCACCGGUGCACCUGCACGCAAAGUGGUAAACAAAAAAGGAGGGAGAUGGACGGACAGAGUCAAGGCCAAGAACUUUCAGAAGCGAAUUGAGAAACGAAGAGGCAAGGCGGCCGAGCCCCAAUCCCAGCAUGCAACUGUUCCUAAGGCGGCUACAUCCACAUCCAAGGUCGACAAACCUGCCCCCAAGAAGCCUCGAAAUUCAACAGGAGAGACACCAGCAAAAUCGAACCCCAAGCCUGCUGCUCCUUCACAAGCACCACGCACCCAAAUCAUCUCUUCCCUAUUCUCAUACAACCCCAAAAUCGAACCAGCUCCUCAGCCCAUACCCGGUCCAUCCAAGCCUAUCGGAAAACCUAGCAAUGCGCCACUCACGGACUCAUCCACGUUUGAAGGCCUGGGUCUCGACCCCCUCAUUACCGCGCACAUACAGACCAAAUUGGGAAUCUCGAAACCGACGUUGGUGCAACGGGCCUCCCUCACCGCUCUCACUCACCAAUCAGCCACAACGGACCGAGACGCAUUUAUUCAGUCACAAACCGGUUCCGGAAAGACGCUCGCAUUCUUAUUGCCGAUUAUUCAAGACCUCUUGCCCCUCAGCUCUCUCUCGUACAUUGACCGCUCGAUCGGAACGUUGGCGAUAAUCAUCGCCCCACUCGCGAACUUGCUAAACAGAUAUCGGAUAACAGGGGAUGCCGAAGCAGAUCAAGACGCUGGCCCACGGCUGACAAGGUGGCUAGUGUCAGGAUUAUUGACUGGUGGAGCAACCCGCGCACACGAAAAAGCUCGCUUAAGAAAAGGUGUGCCGAUACUGGUGUCCACACCCGGUCGGCUGCUCGAUCACUUGCAAAACACCGAGUCAUUCAAUGUGUCCAAAUGUCGAUGGCUGGUUCUCGACGAAGCAGAUAGAUUGAUGGAGCUUGGUUUCGAAGAGACACUCACGAAGAUGACAGAAAUGGCGGUUAAGGAGGGAAUUCUGGGAAGGGAAGUGGGUGGAUGGGAUUGGGAACGACGAAGAAGGACAAUCUUGUGUUCCGCGACAAUCAGAGAGGACGUUCAAAAACUUGCUGGGAUGGCUCUACAACAACCUAUUGUGAUCAAGGCUACUUCCAACGAUUUGACUGCAUCCACACCCGCCACAAAAGAGGAAACAGCGCAGCGGAUAAAUUCACCCCUCCAUCACAACUGUCCCAGAAAUAUGUCGUGGUACCUCUAA